GAAUUCUUCUCAUAUUUCUUUUUCAAAAGGGAGAGCUUUUCGAUUCAAAAGUCGUAUUUAGAGUCGUCUCUUAUCCAUUUUCCACCUGAGCAGACUGACGACCAGUUGGUAGAACUUCAGCAUAAGCUCAAGGAGGGGUGUGCAUUGCUGAAGCGGUUGGAGCAUGUGGACGCAGGCCCUCAUCUCUGGCUCCGGACUGCUCUUUGUGCGCCCGCCGAUGAUUUGAGGAGAAGAUACUGCAAGACAAGUUGCGAUGACGAGUAACAACAUGAAGUGAAAAGAGCCGCCACCCUCAGUGUUAUUAGGAGAACAAAAACAUAAAAAAAAACAAAAUAAUAAUGAGUGUGAGUGGAAGUGGAUCGUCCAACCACUCCUCCUCCUCCUCCCUGUUAUGUGGCCACAAUUUAACCAGCUGGAACCACAGUAUGGACCAGAUGUACACCUACUUCUACCUGCUGCUCUUCAUCCCAGGGCUGCUCCUCAACACCACCGCUCUCUGGGUCCUCUGCAAACACUUCAGCAAGAAGACCAAGGCGGUGAUGUUCAUGAUAAACCUGGCUUUGGCAGACCUGGUCCACAUCCUCUCUCUGCCCCUCAGGAUCUACUAUUACUUCACGCACACGUGGCCCUUCGGACAAAGCCUCUGCCUGCUCUGCUUCUAUCUCAAAUACCUCAACAUGUACGCCGCCAUCGUGUUCCUGGUGUGCAUCAGCGUGCAGAGAUACGGCUUCCUCCUCAACCCGUUUGCUGCCCGUCGGUGGAGGCGUCGCUACGACCUGCUGAUCAGUAUCGUUGUGUGGGUGUUCGUCAGCAUCGCUUGCUCUCCCUUCAUUCUGAUGCGGAGCAGUGGAAGCAGCCGCAACGCAACGAUCUCCAAUUCCAGCACGGCGGGCUGUUUUAAAGACCUGCCCAUGCGUAAGAUCUCCGUCCCCCUGGCCGUGUCCAUGAUGAGCGGGUGCGAGCUCUUCGGCUUCCUGAUACCUCUGAUCUGCAUCAGUUACUGCUCCGUCCGCAUAGCCUGGUCCCUCAACCACAGGCCGGCCGAGAAUCAGCAGAACUCCGCCGCCGCCAGCUCCUCCACGCGUAGCAGACUCCAGUCCAUCACUUCCAACGGCCAGGGAGACAAAAGCCACGAGAAGCAUGUGAACAGCGAGAAGCGGCGAGCUCUGCGGAUGGUGCUGAGCUGCUCGGGUCUCUUUCUGCUCUGCUUCGCCCCGUACCACAUCAACUUCCUGCUGUACCUGAUGGUUUCGCAGGACUUCAUCAAAAACUGUGCCACCAGGCUGGCUGUCAAGCAGUUUCAUCCCGUGUCUCUCUGCUUGGCGAGCAUGAGCUGCUGCCUCAACCCACUUCUCUACUACUUUCUAAAUGCUGAAUUCAGAAUGCACCUCAGGCGCACCUCCUCCUUCUCCUCCUCAUUCGUCUCCUCUCCAGUCACCUCCCCGAAGGAGUGUCCUGCCCAGGCCAGACUGCUGAGGAUGGAGAGCACCUGCUCUGAGAGGGAAUAGCAUUACUGAGAGAAGACCCCACAGGGCCUUUUAAAAACAUUUAUACUGCCUCUUGAAGUAUUUCAUGUUUUGUUACUUUGCAGCCACAUGCAGUCAUAUUCAAUACAUUAAAAUUAUCAUUGAAACGUCCAUUUAUUUCAGUAACUCAAUUCACUAAGAGGAACACAUUAUUCAGAUCAACAAAGACGGAUGAUUUUUUUAAAGUUUUUAUAUCUAUUAAUUGUUAUUUUUUCCCCCCAUCUCCAACUAAUAAAAGCACAGCAUUUAGGAUUUCAAUAUUGCACCAGACCAAUAAAAAUAAAAGCUAAAUUUUUUCAAAGCAGAAAUGGGGCUUAAGGAAGAGUAUGUUUAAUAUUGGCUUAAAGGCUGUUUUUCCCCCCAGAAGGUCUGACUUUUAAUCUGACUAACAAGCCUCUUAGAAAGGCAUAUUCUAAUUUAUUGAAUAUGGCUGUAGAGUCUUUUACUGUCAUCAUAGUAAACUGGCACAAAAAGGAUUCACUGCUUUUUUAAUUUAACCACAAUAAAUCUGAAAUUGAUUGUAUUUAUCUGCAUUCAGCCUGUUGUUGAGCCACUCGUUGGUCCCCUCACAGUUUCGUCCAUCCAUUUUGCACAAUAGCUCACGCUCUCUCAGAUCGGGUGGAGCGCGUCUGUGAUCAUCAGCUUUUCAGUCAUACUUCUGAAUUGGAACUGUUUUUCUGGACUUUCACUGGUCCGUUAAAACACACGGACCUGCUUCAGUCUAACCCCUUCCACUGCUGGGAGGUUAACCUAAAACCUGGUUUCAAGCCUUUUAAUUCUUCUCACGGGUUUUUGUUCGAGGAUCAGCCUUCAGCUCCAUCGGGGGAACGCCUCCCCACAGCAUGGGCCUUCCUCCACCAUGUUUCACCAUGGGAAUGCCGUGUUUGAAGACAACAUGCGGUGUUAGGUUUCCACCACACAUUGCGUUUGCGUGUGAGCUAAAAAGUUUAUUUUGGUCAUAUUUUUCCAACACAUUUGCUGUUUCUCCUACGUCGGUGGUCUCACACCCUGCUCCUCAGGACCCUGCAUCCUGCAUGCACACAUUUCCCAGUUGCAACGCCAUCUACAUGCUUCUGCAGACCACAAUCCCAUUUGAAAUAGGUUUACUGGAGCUGUGGUUGUUGGGGGAAACUGUCUCUUCUUACUUGUGGCCAAAAGCAAAUGGGACUGCUUACAGUUUAUGCAUUUGUUUCAUAAAGGCUGGAUUCACGAGAACACGACUAAUUGUUAUCCAGUCAAAUCUUUCUCCCCUGUGAAUUGCGGAUCUCUGCAGAUCCUCCAGAGCUGCCAUGGCUGGGCUGCUUGACUGUUUAAUGUUCUUUGUUUAUCCAUUAUGGUGGACAGCCUUGGCUUGCUAGACUUUCGCAACACACUUCCAUUUUUCAGAUAACGCAUUCUCUGCAACGUUAUGAGAUCGUUAAGACUUGGGAUGUUGUUUUGUGUCUUAACUCUUCUUUUAACUUCUCCGCGCCGUUCCCUUUGACCCUGUAUUUCUGGGUCUUCAUGAGGCUGCUAACCUGUAAUUCACCUGGAUGCUAUUUGACCUGGAUUUUAUUUAGGGGCAAUCAGAAAACGGGUUCUGGAAACAUGCGAUUUCCACAGAUUUUAGAUUUCUAUUUGCAAAAAUGCUUUAAAAAAAAACAUAAUUUUACUUCCACUUCACAAAGAUGCACUACAGAAAUAAACUGAUACGUUUGACAUUUGUGGUUGCAACGUGACGGGAUGUUAAAAAUCUCAUGCGGUAUGAAUACUUUUGCAAGGCCCUGCAUUUUUCAUUCAGGUAUUAAUUAUGCUGAACUGAACAAAUACAACAAAAAUAGUCGCUUUAAACCAAAAUGAGCGACAGUCUGGGAGCAAGCCAGAGCUCCAACCUUGCCCACGAACAGUUUGACUUGUAAACUGAGGCCUAGGAAGGUUUGGAUUAGACAAGAUGCUUCUGAUCUUCCAGCUCUGGAAACCUUUCACCAGAAGAAAGGAGAAAAUACAAAUGAUGACCACAUGUUUCGUCAUAAUAGUUCUCAGGUAUUAAAACGUGUUUAUUUUUAGACCUGUUUGUCCGGAGUCUUAAAUUUCAGCACAAUGCUAACGUUUCAGAUAAGCUAUCUGUAAAAGAAGCUACAUGACAGUGUAUUGUACUUUACUGUGAAUAAAAGUGACGCUUUCUUUCUCACGGGACUUUUGAUAUUUGUCUCCAGAGUUGUUGUUGUUGUUUUAUUUGUGGUUGCUUUGAUGGGCAUUAAAUAAAUAAAUAAAAAGAAAAGAAAAGAAGACUGACACGUCUCGUUUCUCGCCGUACUUCCUGUCAAAGAGCGUGGUUGUAGUUGGCAGCUGCUGCAGACGCACUGAAAGGCAAUAACCGUUGGGGUCUGGGCCCCCAAACACCCACCUGCUCCUGCAUCUGCAAAAAAAAAAAAA